AAUCCAUCCGAAUCAUCCUUCAAUUCCCAACUCAAGCAGCCAACGAAGCCACAGCAAACCCCAGCAGGUUCAUGGCCAGCUAUGGCAGUUCAUGGCCAUAACGACCUCGCGUUGCAACCAAAAGCCCUCCUCUUUUCUUCGCCUUAGUCGACUCAUCUCGUCCCCCAACACCGGCCUGUCACGAUCCUCGCGGUCGGCCCUCACCACCGCACCGCGCCUCCAUCGAGCAGUAGUCGCGUGUUUCGCCGACGACUACCGUGUUGAGGAAAGAUCAUCAGUCCACCUCCAACACUGCACACCAACAAAUCCCGUUCCACAAAUAUCACUGGUGGCAUCAGUUCCGGUCGCCGCUCAACUCGCCUCAGGAAAAACCAAAGCUAGAUAGCUGCCACUAAUGGCGGGCGUCCUUGAUGCUUUGGCAUCCUACGUCCAAAACAUGCUGACAGAGAUGGCCAAAGAAGAGGUGUCUAUGCUGCUGGGUGUCUCCGGGGAGAUCGACAAGAUGGGUGUCAAGCUUGCGGACCUCAAGAACUUCCUUGCCGACGCCGACAGGAGGAACAUCACUGACCAAAGCGUGCAGGCAUGGGUGAGAGAGCUUCGGGACACCAUGUAUGAGGCCACGGACAUCCUUGAUCUGUGCCAGCUAAAGGCCAUGGAACAGGGUCCAAGACGGGACAUUGGGUGCUUCAACCCCUUGCUCUUCUGCAUGCGCAAUCCCCUCCACGCACAUGGCAUCGGAAGCCGCAUCAAGAAGCUUAAUCAAAGGCUAGAUGACAUCAAGGCCCGUAGCACGUCAUUCAACUUUGUCAUCCUCAGUUCCUACAAGGAUAGUGGAAGAAAGGUGGUAUCAGCUUAUCCUAGUACCGUUGAAACUACAGGAGGGCUCGACGAGUCAGGUUUGGUAGGUGAAACGAUCGAGGAGGAGACGAGAAAUCUAGUGGAUAUGCUAAUAAAGCAUGAGCAAACCCAUAAAGAAUACCACAAAAUUAUGGUUUUUGCUAUUGUGGGAGUUGGCGGGAUUGGCAAAACUACCCUUGCCAAGAAGGUCUUCAACAAUGACAUCAUCCAACAAGAGUUCACUAAGAAAAUAUGGUUAAGUGUCAACAAGGACUAUAAUGACACCGAGAUAUUGAGAAGAGCUAUUACCGAAGCUGGUGGGGACCACCAUAUAGCCGGAAAUACAAAAGCCACACUAGAGCGAACCCUCGCAGAAGCCUUGAAGGGACAUAAGACCUUACUAAUAAUGGAUGAUGUUUGGGACUGCCGUGCAUGGGAUAUUGUGCUCCGAACUCCCUUGGUCAAUGCUACCCUAGCUCAUGGCAUCCGAAUCCUCGUCACCACAAGGCAUGACGCAGUUGCACAAGGGAUGAUGGCGGAGAAGCCCUAUCACCAUGUCAAUAAACUUGAGUCCGAAGAUGCAUGGUUGCUGCUCAAAAAGCAGGUAGUUGGAAAUGAAAAUGAUGAAGCCCAGAUUGAACUGCUCAAGGAUAUUGGAAUGGAAAUCAUAGCACAAUGUGAUUGUUUACCACUUGCUAUCAAAGUAAUAGGAGGUCUCCUACGCCAGAAAAGGACCAGCCGGCGAGACUGGAAAAAUGUCCGAAAUGACUCGAUUUGGUCGGUCUCCCAAAUGCCUGAAGAGCUAAACUAUGCAAUAUAUCUUAGCUACGAAGAUUUGAGUCCUAGUUUGAAGCCUUGCUUUCUUCACUACUCCCUCCUUCCCAAGAGCAGAGUGUUCUUCACCGAUGAGAUUAUUGGCAUGUGGAUUAGCGAAGGAUUUGUUCAUGGAACGUCUUGUGAUUUGGAGGAAAUAGGAAAAGAGUACUAUGAUGAGUUGAUACAGAGGAACCUUAUUGAGCCUAAUUUAGAUUAUGUUGGUCAAGUGGUCUGUAACAUGCAUGAUGUUGUCCGUUCAUUUGCUCAAUACGUGGCUAGACAUGAAGCAUUGGUAGUGCAGAACAAGGAAAUUCAUAAUGCUGACAAAAUCAAUUCACAGAAGUUUUUACGCUUAUCUCUAGAAACAAGAGGAUCAGAAUCAGAUGACUUAGAGUGGUAUUCAUUACAAGCACAAACAUCACUGAGAACACUAAUAACAGUUGGGAAUAUAAGAAUCAAACCUGGUGAUUCGUUGCUUGCUUUUUCAAAUUUACGGACACUACACAUGCAAGAUGCAAGUUUUGAUGGAUUAUCUGAAUCUUUGAAUCAACUGAAACACUUGAGGUAUUUAUCCAUAAAAGGAACUAACAUAUCUAGGCUGCCAGAAAACAUUGGUAAGAUGAAAUUCCUGCAAUAUAUUAUCCUUUAUGGUUGUAAGAGUUUGGUGAAGCUUCCAAAUUCCAUUGUAACGCUGCAACACUUGAGGUUUCUUAACAUUCAUGUAACAGGAAUAAGCAGCAUACCUAAGGGUUUUCAUAGGCUAACCAAUCUGAGGAGUUUAUAUGGGUUUCCAGCACAUAUGGAUGGUGAUUGGUGUAGCCUCGAAGAACUGGGACCUCUCUCCCAGCUCACUAGGCUUCGUACAAGUGGCCUGGAGAAUGUACCUUGUUCCUCAUUUGCGACAAUGGCCAGGAUUGGUGAAAAGGUGCAGCUGAGCUAUCUGUCCUUAGAAUGCACAAGUAGAAUCAGACAUGAUGGCCAGUUGGUAACAAAUGAAGAAGGCAUUCCUGAGGAGCAGCAGCGACAAAUCGAGGAGGUAUUUAAUGAGCUCCACCCUCCGUCUAGUUUAGAAACCCUCUCAAUCAGAAGGUACUUUGGUCAGCGGCUCCCAAGGUGGAUGAUGUCAACAGCAGUUGUGGCCCUUGGGAGCUUGAGGAUUCUUAUGAUGGAUAACCUGGACUAUUGCACGAAGCUUCCUAGUGGCUUAUGUCAGCUCCCCUGCUUGGAAUUCAUUCAGAUUGUUUGUGCACCAGCGAUCAAGCGUGUUGGGCCUGAAUUCCUACAACCAAACCAUCACUACUAUAACCAUUUCCAGGUAGGGGUUUCAUUCCCCAGAUUGAGUGAGCUGAAAUUUUGUGAACUGGUCGAGUGGGAGGAAUGGAAGUGGGAGCUGCAAGUGAAAGCCAUGCCCAUCUUGGAGAAGCUUAAACUCGAGAAGUGCAAGUUGAGGCACGUGCCUCCUGGUCUUGCCUUCCACGCAAGGGCUUUGAAGAUAUUAGGCAUAUAUGAUGUCAAGCACCUAAGCUCCUUGGAGAACUUCACUUCUGUUGUUCACCUUGAAAUGUUUAGAAACACUGACCUGGAGAGGAUCAGCAAUCUACCAAAACUGCAGAAGCUCGUCAUCGUCAAGUGCCCGAAGCUGAAGGUAUUGGAGGGCAUUCCUGCACUACAAAGACUCAAUCUACUUGAUGAUGACAUGAAAAUAGUCCCCAGAUAUCUGCAGGAUAUAAAGCCAAGGCACUUGCUGCUGGACUGCAACUUACGGUUGCUCACUUUCAUAGCAGCAGGGAAAUCUGGUCCUGAGUGGGACAAGUUCGAUCAUAUCCAACAAGUCAAGGCAUAUGCAGACGAUGCAGGCGUUUCAAGGAAAUGGUGCAUGCUGUACACAAGGGAUCCUUUCCACUUGGAGACAAAUAUCAGCCACUCUGCCAUUGCCCGAGCCCGCAGUGAGCGCAGGUGGCUUGCUUACAUGACCACAUGCACCAUUGAAGACGAGCGGCUGGUAGGACGACGUGCAUCUACUGACAAACAUCAGCUCCUGUGUCUACGAUUCAGGUGCAAUGCUUGUCACCAUUUAAUUCUCUGGUUGCGUCAAGAGUGCCCGCACUGCAAUGAGGCGGACGAUCUCGCCCCCUCAUCAGACCAUCGGACCGAAGCAGCGGUUGAUGGAAUUUCUGUUCCUUUCAUGUCAGAUAAUUCAGGUGGUCGUAUAAUCUGUGGCAGUUCCAGUCAUUAUUAG